AUGGAGACCGGCGCUGGAGAAGGGCCAGGCUCAGACCGGCGGGCGAUGGGAGAUACACCCGUGCUACUGGAGGGGUGGCGAGCAUACGAACGCACCAUGGUGCAACGUAACAGUGCAACCCUGCAGGGCGUCGCACCAUGGUGCAACGUAACAGUGCAACCCUCCCUGCAGGGCGUACCCAUUGCAUCAAUCGCCACUCGCAGCUCGAUGGCCAAGCGGUAUAAGAUUGGCCGCAGGGACCUUUUGCUUUGUGGUUCAAAUCUACACCAUCCCACUUUGCGCAAUUUUGGAUUCUCACGUCGCCUCCCAGAGUAA